GGAGUCUGGGGCUCUUGGAGAACCGCGAGCAGCGGUGCCCAGGCGCUGGCAAAGUCCCCUCCUGGCUCCUGAAACGUGAAGUUCCUUUUCCACCACUUAAGGGAAAGUCAGCCAAGGUGGAAAAUGGUUGGCCUGGUCUACCUACUGUGAACACUUGGAUUCAGAAAACUGCAACUUUGAUUCUCCGAGUGAUUCAGGAUGUAAAUGUAGUCUGACCCUUCCCUGAUGGGCAGUUAAAUCAUGGACACAUUAAACAAUUUACUUUGGACUGUUCUUCCAAAAGAGUCGUUGGCUUCUCUCCUAAAUGCUCACUAGGCAUUUGUGCUGACAAGAACAGAAAGACAACGGUGAACCGGACAGGUAUCUGACAAUGAAAAUCACGGGCACAUCUUGCAUCUGUCCAGUCCUGGUGUGUCUCUGUUUUGUUCAGAGGUGCUCUGGGACUGCUCACCACAGCUCCAUCAAGGUGACCAAAAACCAAACCAAACACAUUGAAGGAGAAACCGAAGUCCACCAUCGGCCCAAAAGAGGAUGGGUGUGGAAUCAGUUCUUUGUUUUAGAAGAACAUAUGGGACCAGAUCCACAAUAUGUUGGAAAGCUGCACUCCAAUUCUGACAAAGGUGAUGGAUCAGUCAAGUACAUCCUAACUGGAGAAGGUGCUGGGACUAUAUUUAUCAUUGAUGAUACCACAGGUGACAUCCAUUCAACCAAAAGCCUAGACAGGGAGCAGAAGACCCACUAUGUUCUCCAUGCCCAGGCAAUUGACAGACGGACAAACAAGCCACUGGAGCCCGAGUCUGAGUUCAUCAUCAAAGUGCAAGACAUCAACGACAACGCCCCCAAAUUCACCGAUGGGCCGUACAUCGUUACCGUGCCUGAAAUGUCAGAUAUGGGUACCUCUGUUCUACAGGUGACAGCUACUGAUGCAGAUGACCCUACCUAUGGAAACAGUGCUCGGGUUGUUUACAGUAUUCUCCAAGGACAGCCCUACUUCUCUGUAGAUCCUAAAACAGGAGUUAUUAGAACUGCCUUACAUAACAUGGACAGAGAAGCCAGAGAACACUACUCAGUGGUCAUUCAAGCCAAAGACAUGGCCGGCCAAGUUGGAGGGCUUUCAGGAUCAACAACAGUCAACAUCACCCUGACUGAUGUCAACGACAACCCACCACGGUUUCCUCAGAAGCACUAUCAGCUGUAUGUUCCUGAGUCAGCUCAAGUUGGUUCAGCUGUUGGGAAAAUCAAGGCUAAUGAUGCAGACACUGGCUCCAAUGCUGACAUGACAUAUUCCAUCAUAAACGGCGAUGGUAUUGGGAUAUUCUCCAUCUCCACUGACAAAGAGACCAGAGAAGGGAUACUUUCCUUAAAGAAGCCGCUGAACUAUGAGAAAAAGAAAGCAUAUACACUCAACAUAGAAGGAGCAAAUACACAUCUUGAUUUUCGCUUUUCUCACCUGGGUCCUUUUAAGGAUGCUACCAUGCUGAAGAUCGUUGUUGGGGAUGUAGAUGAACCACCGCUAUUUUCCAUGCCUUUUUAUGUAAUGGAAGUCUUCGAAAACGCCAAGAUCGGAACCAUCGUUGGCACCGUUUUGGCACAAGACCCUGACAGUGCUAAUAGCUUAGUAAGAUACUUCAUUGACUACAAUGCUGAAGAAAACAGAUUUUUCAACAUUGAUGCCAACACUGGUACCAUUAAGACUACCAAAGUUCUUGACAGAGAAGAAACUCCAUGGUACAACAUCACAGUUGCUGCUUCAGAACAUGACAAUCCUGGUUUGCUGAGCCAUGUCACAGUGGGUAUUAGAGUUCUGGAUGUCAAUGACAAUCCACCUGAACUUGCCAGGGAAUAUGAUAUUGUUGUCUGUGAAAAUUCUAAGCCUGGCCAGGUCAUUCACACCAUUAGUGCCACAGAUAGAGAUGAUCUUGCCAAUGGACCAAGGUUUACUUUUUUUCUUGAUGAACGCCUGUCUAUAAACCCCAACUUCACUCUGAAGGACAAUGAAGAUAACACAGCCAACAUUCUGACAAGGCGGAGGAGAUUUAGUCGAACUAUUCAGGAUGUGUAUUAUCUCCCCAUUAUGAUCUCUGAUGGUGGAAUCCCCUCUCUCAGCAGCAGCAGCACCCUCACCAUCAGGGUUUGUGCAUGCGAGAGAGAUGGGCGUGUGCGGACCUGCCAUGCGGAAGCCUUCCUCUCCUCGGCGGGCUUGAGUACAGGAGCCUUAGUCGCUAUUCUUCUGUGUGUUGUCAUUCUCCUGGCAAUUGUAGUGCUCUUUAUCACCCUGCGGCGGAGUAAAAAGGAACCCCUGAUCAUUUCCGAGGGAGAUGUGAGGGAGAAUGUGGUCACCUAUGACGACGAGGGAGGAGGAGAAGAAGACACCGAGGCCUUUGACAUAACAGCCUUGAGGAAUCCUUCCGCGGCCGAGGAGCUUAAGUACCGACGAGACAUCAGGCCUGACGUGAAACUCACCCCCAGGCAUCAGACCUUGUCCACUCUGGAAAGUAUAGAUGUUCAGGAUUUUAUUAAGCAAAGACUGGCGGAAGCAGACCUUGAUCCCAGUGUCCCGCCUUAUGACUCACUUCAGACCUAUGCUUAUGAGGGUCAGAGAUCGGAAGCUGGGUCCAUCAGCUCUCUGGAUUCAGCCACGACACAAUCGGACCAGGAUUAUCAGUACCUUGGAGACUGGGGGCCUGAGUUUAAGAAAUUAGCAGAACUCUAUGGAGAAAUAGAAUCUGAAAGAACAACUUAGGGGCUCAGUGCCUGAGAUCCUGUAGAAUUUGCUUCCUGCGCAAGUGAUGCUACCACCUUGGCAAUGUCAAGGAAGAAGUGGGGAGACAGUACUUGGAACUGAGCAGACUGUACACAGCAACUGUAGAAAGAAGUACCCUUUUCGUGAUUGAACCUGGGUCAUUGCACUGGAAGAAAGUCAAAUUAAACACACACACACACCACACCGCACAGACGGGGAAGUCUAUCGUUUCUUGUGUAUAGUUUCAAUUGCUCAAUAAAGUCUGUGGUACUGUUGAAUUAAGAUACCUGAAUUAAGCCAAACGAUGACAUUUGUUUCAAUAUUUUGUGAUUAUUUUUUAAAGCAGCACUAAAAAAAAAGGCUCAUUAUCUCCGAUGUCUUAUGAUUUAUAAGGGUGGUCAACCGCAAAAUGAAACUUGUAAGGGAAAACACCUCUCUUUCCACUUUUCUGGGUGGACAUGGAAGCCCCGCAUUCUGUUACUAUGACAGAUCUCAUUAGCCUUGUCUUGUGUUUAAAUGACAUGAGGUGUUUCCCAUAGCCCAGGCCACUCUCUCAUGGACCUGUAUGUACAAUUUCCCUUUGCCCUCCCCACUUCUUUUCUCCACACAAAAUUGAUGGAGCAUGGGGAUUUGCUGCCUGCACUGUAAUGUAUGCAAUUUCUGUGCACCAGCCGUGCACCAUUCUAAAAUACAGAGACCACGGUCUCUGUCCCACCCCACCCCAUUUAGUUCCACAGGAGAAAUCUACUUUUAUUGUUUGUUAAGGGAUAGAGUGAAUGGUUUAAGAUUUACUCAGAGGUACUGCUCUGUCAGGGAAAGAUUUAAUUUUAGAAAAAGCUGCACACACCACCCUCCAUACCAAGCACUGAGGAACUCAUUUAUUUCACUGGUUUGUGUACAUUGGAAUCAGCAGUUUGGAUCAUUAUCCAGCAGUAACUGUGAUCAAUGUGCUGAUUGGUUUAUAAUUAAGCCGAAUUGACUUGUUGAUAUCACAGACCGUCUUCAUAAAUAUGAACCUAACACAAUAACGAUGUAGUCUAAGAGACUACCUUCUAGUUUACAUACACUUUAUAUACCUUUAAAGACUCUGGGUGGAGCAACAGUUAAGUGUUGAGCUACUAACUAAUGUUGGCAGCUCAAAUCCACCCAGAGGUGCCUUGGGAGAAAGGCCUGGCAACCUACUUCCAAAAGACCACAGCCAUCGACUACCCUAGAGAGUGCGCUUCUACUGGAAAAGUAGGGUCACAUGAGCCCAAACUGAACUGAUGGCAACUCUCUUUCUUGUGGUUUGGUCUUGGCUUUCAUCAGCUCAUGGGAGGCUCACUGUUCCUUCCACAGGUUUAAGCUUUCAGGUCUUUAUUUACUCAUUGUCCUUUAUAUGUUUGUGAAAAUGUAUAGGACAUGGAGGAGUUCUGUAUCUGUAUUCUUGAACACAUCCCCGGAUCACUCUGUGUUUCAGGAUCCCAAACUGCAAAACGGAAAUGACGUGCCGUCCCUGCCUACCUCACAGGGUUGUUGUGAGGACGAACACAGCCUCUGCAAACACACUUGCCGACUGCGGAGUGCUCUGUUCGAGAAAGCCUGGCAGGCACGCUCUAAUUUUCUAAUUUUAUUGGCUUAAGAUAUAUAUUUAAAUACAUUUUGCAUAAGAUAUUAUAUUAUUCAUAAAGCCUUCAACAGCAAAGCUACUGUUCAGUCUAAGCAUGUAAAACAGAAGUCUACUUAUUUUAAUAUUUUUCUAAAUGAGCUAAUUUUCUUAGAACUUCUUGUUUUAUUGUUUCAAAAUUGUUUUAGAUAACCUUUGUGUUGUGACAGCUGUUGGACUUGAAAUAAUUCAUAAAACUCUAGUCUUAUUUCCUUAAAAAACCCCACAAGUAUGUAAAUCAGAUACAUUGCCGUAUUAAAACGAAGGAAGUAAGAAUAAUUUAGAGGGAAUUUCCCCCUUUGCUCUUAGUUGAACAUAGUCUAAAACACCCCAAAGUCCAAGGCAUUUUCUUUUGGAGUCUACCUGUUUGCAAAAUUUCAAACAUUGCAUUGGUUCACAAUUACCCUGUGCUAGAAUCUCAUAGUUUUGAGAUAUGGGAAGUAGGUGCAUUUAAUUUGAAUAAUUCUCAAUUUGUGUUUUAAGCCUGAGGAAUAAAAUGUAAUUUAAGUUGUUGCAACAUUUUA